UAUCAUCAGUCUGGAGAUGUGCUCAUUGCUGGUAUUCUCUCUCAGAUCUUCAUAUUUUCUGAAAAGAUAACAUACAAAAAGCAUCCCUCUGAGGAACUGGAAAAUGAUAUGAUCAAUUUUCUAGCCAGAUGGACCUUUCUUGCAGCCAUGGAAGUCCUUUCUACCUGGGACAAAUUUGUCCCUAACUACAAAUGUGACACCCAGAACAAACUGGUAGCAGUCAUUGGGGGACCUAAUUCUGAUGUCUGUCUCUUCAUGGCAGGUAUCCUAAGUAUCUAUAAGUUUCCACAGAUCACAUAUGGUUCUGCUCCACUGAUGAAUGAAAAAAACCAGGCAGCUUUUGUCUAUCGGAUGUUUCCAAAGGUUGUCCAUCAAUAUAUGGGGAUUCUCCACUUAAUGCUGCAUUUCCAAUGGUCAUGGACUGGAGUCCUUUAUCUAGCUGAUAAUCAUGGGGAGAGGUUUGUACACACAGUGCUUCCCAUGUUUUCACAGAGGGGUAUCUGCUUUGAUUUCAUAGAACAAUUAACCCAAAUGACUUUUUUCAGUGAGAUGGAAACCAUGAGAGAGGGGCUCCUUGAAACAGCUUAUCUUGUCAAGAGAAGCACUGUCAAUACAGUGAUUGUGCAUGGGGAAAUACAAACAAUUCUCACUUUGAGACUGUUGGUAGAAAUCCUGGAAUAUCAUGGAGACUCAAGAAUAAGUAAAAUAUGGAUUAUGACAGCCCAAAUGGAUUUUACGUCACUCCUUUUCCAAAGAACUGGGGGUCUCAGUUUCAUCCAUGGUGCUUUAUCCAUUUCAGUGCACACAGAGGAAAUUUCAGGCUUCCACAGCUUUCUGAAAAACAGAAAACCAAACUCAGACCCACAAGAUGGCUUUCUCAAAGACUUCUGGCAACAGGCAUUUCUUUGUUUGUUCCCAAAUUCCAGUUUGGAUGACCAUUCCGAGACAAUGUGUACAGGAGAAGAGAAGCUGGAGACUCUUCCUGUGUCUGUUUUUGAACUGAAUAUGACCAGUCACAGCUAUAGUAUCUACAAUGCUGUCUAUGCCAUAGCUCAUGCUUUGCACGACAUGUCCUCCUCUGUGUUCAAACACAGGACAGAUAGAGGCAAACAAAACCUUCGAAAACUGCAAUCGUGGCAGCUCCACCACUUCCUGGAAAAUGUCUCAUUUAACAACACUGCUGGUGAAAGGGUUUCUUUUAAUGACAAUCGGGAUUUAGCUACUGGGUUUGAUGUCAUCAACUGGGUUACAUUCAACAACGAGUCUUUCCUUCGAGUCAAAGUGGGAAGAGUAGACCCACAAAUAUUUCCAAACAUUAGGUUCACCAUUCAUGACAAUACUAUUGUAUGGCCGAGCAAGUUCAAUCAGGAAUCUCCAUCUUCUCUGUGCAACGACAACUGCUACCCAGGUUAUAGUAAGCAAAGGGUAGAAGGGCGGCCAUUUUGCUGCUAUGACUGUAUUCCAUGCCCAGAAGGAAAGAUUUCGAAUGAAAGAGAUAUGGACGAUUGCUGUCAGUGUCCAGAAGAUCAUUAUCCAAACAAGUUUAAGGAUUUCUGCAACCCCAAAUCUCUAACUUUCCUCACUUUUGAAGAAGCUCUGGGAACAAGUUUGGCCAGCUCUGCUCUUUUCUUGUUUUGUGUGACAGCUGGAGUGCUUGGGAUCUUCAUCAAACACCGGGACACUCCCAUUGUCAAAGCCAAUAAUCGGAGUCUCACCUACACCCUCCUCCUCUCCCUCCUGCUCUCCUUCCUUUGUGCUCUGCUCUUCAUUGGACAACCACAGAAGAUGACCUGCCUCUUUCGUCAGACAGCUUUUGGCAUCAUCUUCUCUGUGGCUGUUUCUUCUGUGUUGGCAAAAACUAUCAUUGUGAUUCUUGCUUUCCAAACCACCAAGCCUGUGUCUCGUUUGAGGAAAUGGUUGGGGAAAAGAACGGCCGCCUCCAUUAUUCUCUUCUGCUUGCUCAUUCAAGUCACAAUUUGUACAGUAUGGUUGGCUACCUUUCCUCCAUUUCCAGAUUUUGAUGUAAACUCAAUGGCUGAAGAAGUCAUUCUCGAAUGUAAUGAAGGUUCUGUUUCCAUGUUUUACUGUGUCCUGGGUUUUAUGGGUUUCCUGUCUAUUUGCAGUUUCACUUCAGCAUUCUUUGCCAGGAAGUUGCCUGACAGUUUCAAUGAAGCCAAGUUCAUCACCUUCAGCAUGUUGGUCUUCUGCAGUGUGUGGAUUUCCUUUGUGCCAACGUACUUAAGCACCAAGGGAAAAUACACAGUGGCUGUGGAGAUCUUCUCAAUUUUGGCUUCCAGCACUGGGUUACUGGGAUUCAUAUUUUUCCCCAAGUGCUAUAUCAUUGUCAUGAGGCCAGAUAUGAACAUAAGGAAACAACUAAUAAAUAGGAAACAUUAA